CGCAAGCGCCAACCCAACGGCUGCUCCCGUUAGUCCAGGCUCCCCCAAAGGGCAGUCAGUACCUGAGGUGUGCUAGGCUGUGAAGUCAUCAGUGCCUGAAGCCCCCGAACCUCACCACCACCCCUCCCCAAAAAAGCUCCCAUCCGACGCCACACCUCAUCAGCCUCGACAUCGACCACGACGCAGCCCUUGCCUCUUGCCCCCCCCAUCAUCUCGCCCAGGAGUCACAUUUUUUUCUCCUUGCCUGGGCCGCCGUUCCUCCGACCCGCCUGCCCGAUGGUUUGAGGAUACCGAAAAAAAAGAUGCCCUCCAAGGAUCGUGACGCCGCCGCCGUCGACGCCGCCGCCGCUGCCUCUGUCGCCGGUGCCGAUGACGUGCCGCGCGACAAGGCCCGCCGCUCCAAGUCGGAGCGGAAACCCGACAAAGACCGCGAGCACCGCCACCACCGCUCGUCCAAGUCGCGCAGCAAGCUUGGCGGCGAAGGCGGCAGCGACUUGCACUCGCACGUGUCGUCGCCGGCGAAGCGGCACCGCAAGAAGGACAAGGACAGAGACGACGCCCGGGAGCGGUCAGCGUCGACGAGCGACUUGGCCCCCGGGGUCUCCAGGAUAUCGCUCGAGCGACCACGCAUCUCGUUGCCCUACCCGACGUUCAGCAAGGCGCACAGCAAAGAGGCCGUGCACAGCCGCGAGGACCUGUCCGGCAAGCAGUCGUCGCACCCCCUGACGCCGGAGCCAACCGACGCCGGUGACGAGGAGCGCCGCUCCAAGUCGGCCGAGCUACCUCGCAAGUCGUCGACCUCGAAGAAGUCGUCUCGCCCACCGAGCCCUCCCGAGACGGACGUGGCGGCGCACAAGAGGAGAUCGGAAAGGCCACCGAGGGAUGACGACCCUGCCUCGCCCGCGUCCCGGUCUGGCUCGCGCACCGACGACAAGGCCUCAAAGGUCAGCCGCAAAUCCGGCUCGUCCAGCCAGGCCACCUACAUCAAAUCUCCAAAGCUCAGGGCCCACGAGAAGCUGCGCCCGUCUGGUUCGGUCCGGUCCAGCUCCUCACGGCACUCGAUCAAGCGGACGGACUCGACGAGGAGCAGCUCGCGGCGGCAUGAGCCCAGGGACGACGAAUCCUCACCGUCGAGCGUUCAGGACUCGUCCCCCAAGACGCCGACCCCUUCCACUCAGUUCCCGCUUUAUGGAAACGUCAAGAACGAGCCAUCUUCGACGCCCGAUGUCGGUCAUCACGACUAUCCCUCCAAGACGGCGACACCUGCCUCUGCGGCACCCGCGCCUCCUCCUCCUCCUCCUCCACCGCCUCCCGCUGUCGACAUCCAAGACAUACCCCGGGUCGAUUACCUCUUGCAAAAUGGCGGCUUAUCUUACCCGGUACCGCGGCAUUUCUUGUCCGUCUUGCCGCCGCAAAACGGCUCACGGCCGUCGAACCCGCCUCUGGCUGGCGCCGAGACAUUGUUUGCGCCCUUCUUCAACCUCCUUGAACAGUACUCGACCGUCCUUUCGAAGCAGGGCUCAAUCGCCGUCGCCACAGGUCAUCGCUCGGUAGCGCGGCGCCUACUCGACCGGCUCGAGAAUGUGUUUUCGCGAGACCUCCCCCCACACGGCUGCACCUGUGUCAUGUGUGAUCGGUCUCAUGAGGUCCAUGGCGGCUUGACCUGGGGUGACGUUCUGGAAUGGGUGAGCGGUCGGAUCGAGCUACCGCAGUGGCCGCCCUUUGACCUUGCAGAGAUCAGCCUCAAGGCGGCCGAGAUUUCUGCAGAGGCGCCGCCGCGCCCGUCGUCCCCCGUGCAGAUGGAUCCCGAUAUUGCGGAAGAGUUCAGAGAGCAUUACCUGCGCCAGUCCAAAAAGGUGCGGUCUGCCGUGGACAAGUGGCUAAACAAGACAGGCGAGGCACCGGUCCCUCCUCCUCAGGAGGUGGACGACGAGACGCUGGCCUUUGCCAUCUUGACCAACCUGGACGCGGAGGACCGCCCCUUCUUCAAUGCCCUGUUGACUGGUUCUCGCGAGCUCAAGUCGUCGACACGCGCCCCAACACCUGGAAACCGCCCGCGAAGCGACUUUGUCGUCAAGUGCGGCCUGUCUCUUCAGCGACUAUACCGACUGCAGCAGGCGCCCCGGGACGCCGAGUGUGUCACCUACCUCGUCAAGAAUCCGCACACGCACGAUCUGCUCGUGACUAUUUCCAACAUCAACAAGUCGGAGUGGGAGAUCCUGACGUCCGGACGGUUCGAUGGCUUUCUGUGGUCCGGCGCGGAUGCCGAUGAUUUUGCUGCCGGAGUCGAGUCGCGGGGAGGGACGCCAGUAUUUGGACGCUCUACGAUGAGCCCUGGACCACGGGGCCCAUCAGCCAUGGGGUCAAGGAACACGACCCCGUUCUCCCCGUAUUCGAGGGGCGCUACGCCCGCAUCCUUCAUCAGCCUCGCGUCUUCGGGCCUCCCUGGCGGAAGACAACCCGUGUCGAACGACGAGGAGAUGGAGAUGGCGGCCGCCGCGGAAAUCGAGCGGGAAAUUUACGCGGGCAUGGAGAUCCUCGAGGACGCAUUCGAGAAGCUCCAUCACAAGGCCGAGAUGGUCCGCACGGCCCUGCGGCAGCGGGGUGCCGGGCUCAUGCAGAACUUCCAGAGCCGCCAGCGAAUCGAUGUGCUACCAAAUCCGGGCUCCGCCAAUUCGCAGGGUUCCGGAUACGAGCGGCCGGGGUGGGCCACGGCAACCACCGCGGGGAGCGAGGCCGACGGCGGCAACAGCGAGGAGGAGUGGUUCGACGACGUGGACAUUAUGCCCGACGACUCGGCCAGCAACAUCAGCAGCUCCCGCCACCGGCGGCCCAAGAGGCGCACUGAGCGGCGGACCCCCGCGCCCAUUGAGGAAGACGACGAGGAGUGAUAAGUAGCGGCCCACGGCUGGUCUUGUCUCUUGGCAUACGCGCGAGGCGAGAUUCGCACAGAGGGCAUCGACAGAUGGAAGAAUGCAUGAAUGGCGCGGGCCAGCGCGAUAGGUGCUCUUGUUCGCAUACUGAACCAAAAGGGUGUCCAUCUGGUGUUUCGAUGACGACCAUGAACGACGUUUUACGAGGGCGCGACGCAUGCCCCUCCUGCAGAUACCACCACUUGUUGUUAUUGCUGUUGUUCAUCUGAGUGUCUUCUUUCCCCCGCUCCUCUCUCUUUCACGAAUUUGCAACGGCGGCAUCUUUUGUGAAUUUUCCGAGCAUACGCUGCGGCCAGAUGGCAGGGCCGUCGCACCCCCGCAAAUGGCAUCAUCCAGGUCUUCUUUUUUUUUUUUUGCAUGAGUCUCUGCUUAUACGUAUUGUUUGGGCGAAAUGAAGAAAAUACCUACGGCGCCAGCCUCGACUUGGUCUUUGACUAUCUGGAGGGAGAAGGGGGGAGGGAGAGCAAAUGGCAUGGCAUGUCGUGGCUUGGAUGGGGUGGAGAGGGGCUUGAAUCUGGGACAUUGGGCGACCUGUGUCUGGAUAUCUUGUCGAUGCGGACGGACGGGCGGACGGACAGAAGACGACGGCGAUGGAGGAUCUGAGCGAUGGUGACGGCGCGCAGGACAAUGAAGCAGAUUGCGGACCUGGCGACGCGUUUUGACAACGUCGAGCCGGAAGGGGCAGGGCAAAGGGGGGGCCUGUGAACGGACACUUGAGAGUUUGAGCAAUGCAUGGCUAUGGAGUUUAGGUACCACACGGCCCCUAGGUGGGUUGGCUGGGUGUCUGUUCUAUAUAUGACGGGGUUCUAUCAUCCAGUAUGUACGUCUGUCUGCCAGACAGCCUCUGUUCUCGCGUGUUUAUACUGUCUUUGUGCGUGGGAUGGAC